AUGUCGUCGUCGAUGCUUCUCGCCAUGGAACGGUUUUCGCGACCAAAUUCGUUCCAACAAGAUGAUGACGAUGACAACAACGCACUCGCGGGGAAUUCAAAGUUUCAGAGAUGUUUCUUUUCACUCAACGCGUCCGCGUUACAGUUCGUCUCGUCGCUGAGAGUCACUCUGGAACACGUGCUCACCCUGGAAAGUUUCAUAUUGUGCAUGAUUUCCUCGGCCUCAGUUUUGACGUUCAGUUUAUACGAAGUGAACGGACAUCGAUUAGCCGCGAACGUCUCUUGGGCGGUUAUUAGCUUUGUGAUUAUCUUCCCUCUGACGUCGAGUUUGUCCGAGGCGUUCAAGAGAAGAGAGAGAGCGCUGGAACACGUGGCGACGUUUAAAGCGACUUUGGUGUCGUACUUUUACGGACAUCGCGACUGGGAUUGGUACGCGCCCGGGCACUUAAUAGGAAGUCAAAAAAGCAACACAACGCGGAAAGAACGAGGUCGGAUGUUACUCCCGAAAGGCCACGCGGAUAAAGUUCGAUUGAUAGUCGUCGAUUUAAUAUCGAACGCGAGGGACGUGUUGUGCAUGAGAAGCGCGCACAGAUUGAUGCAUUUGAACACGGUUAAAGGGAGAGAGGCGAAAAUGAAGGCGAUGAAGAUGCACUCGAGGUUGUGCGAUGACGUUUUGAGUGCGUUUAACAAGUUGAGCAUGUGCACGGAAGAGUUGAAGUACGUCGGUUUUCCCGGUAACGAGGCGGCGAGAUUGAGGAAUUAUUUGACGACGUGCAUGACAGCGUGGGAGAAUUUGAGAUUGAUUAAGACCUAUCGCACGCCAAUUGCUACCAGAGCGUUUGCGAGGGUGUAUAUUUUCGUCCACCCGAUGUUUUGGGGGCCGUAUUACGCGAAUUUAGUGACGAGCAUGUUGCGCGACGAAGAAGACGGAACAACAAAUCCAUCGGAAUCGACCAAAAUUUGGGUUCUCGCGUACGCGUGCCUACUUUCCUGUUUGAGCUCCUUAGCUAUGUUUGGGUUAUUUAACGUGAGAUACAAGCUAGAAGAUCCGUUCGCGAAACGUAUUUUGGUGAAAAUGGGAAAUAACGACGUAGAAGUAGGGGAAACGACAGUAGUUUCGACGACGACGGACGAGUUUACGGAUGCCAAACGAUGGGAGAUGGAUUCUACUCAUUUUGGGUACAGUUCCAGAGACCAAAUCAACGUCCACGGCGAAUUCGGAGAAAUAGCGAGAGCGAUUAGUACGGAUUUAGAGCACGAGAUGCCGAACGCGUGCGGCGGCGGUCCAGUGAAGGAGGUGUGGGUAGAUGUGGAAGUAGGUGAUGGUGAAGGGGGCCCUCCUUCGCUAAGCGCGUUGGAACAAGUUUCUGUUCAAACGUUUGGAUCCCAUGAAAAAUAG